UUGAAGUGAACUCGCGCGCACGAGGAUUGGCCGAGCGGGAAGUUUGAAAAGCUUGCGGGUUUGUUUGUGUGUUUGUUUGUUUGUGUGUUUGUGAGGUAAAGAUGGAGAACCGGCCGAGCCGCUGAGCAGAGCAGCAGCGCAGAUUAGCAAUAAAACCCACCGGGGAAUUUUAAACAGGGUUCCGAGAAUAAAGUGAGCGAGCUGAGGGGAGGUUUGUUGGACAGAGCGAGUGUGAAGCUCCGGCAGGAUGGAUAUACACCGCUGCCUGCGACAGUUCGAGUCGACUGUGAGGAGCUAUCCCGGGGAAGACCCUCUGGAGCCCUGGGAUCAGUUUGUGGAUUUUCUCGACACCAGACUCCUUCCUGAGGAGAAGUGUAACAUGUCGGUGGUGAUUGCGCGCCUGGUGCAGACCUUCCUGCAGGACAAACGCUACCACAACGACCUCCGAUUUGUCAACUACUGCAUCAGAUACGCCGGUUAUCACUCGGACCCAGUGAAGGUGUACAGUCAUGUCCACAGCCACGGUGUGGGGACGCAGACGGCCGCUCUGUACCUCAGCUGGGCUCAGCAGUGCGAGAGGAGGAACCUGAUCACACAGGCAGAACAGGUGUAUCAGAAAGCGUUGGAGAACCAAGCAGAACCUCUGGACACUCUGAAGCACCACUACAGAUUAUUCCAGAGCAGAUCAGGACAGUCUCAGACGACUCCCUCAGAUGUAGUAAGUGUUCUCCUUCACGACUCACAGCUGGUUAAUCAGCAUCUGUCUCCGAGAGAUGGAAGAAGAGAUGUGGGGAUCUCGCAGUUUCCUGCAGACAGAACCAUCCGCAUAAUCUCUCGGUCAGAGAAUAACCCCCCACCCGGCAGCGGCGGCGGCGGGACGGACUGUGUGUCCAUGUACUGUGUGAGUGAGCUGGUGUGUGAGGGAUCAGAGCUGAGCUUCGAGGAGCUGAGAGCACGACGAUACUUUACCAAACGCAGACAGCAGGAACUGCAGAAACAGCAGCAGGAGGUGAUGAAGAGAUUUGAGGAGGAGGAAGAGGAGGUGCUGAGAAUGAAGCAGCUGUUGGAGGAGCUGAACAGCAAACUGAGUGAUGAGCCACACCUGCAGCAGGUUACUUCAGUGCCACACCCUAUCAAGAGCACUGAGGACACCCCUAAUCUCACCGACCAAUCAGAACCCUUCAGUGGCCCCACAUACCUGCUGGAGCCGACGCCCGAGAGUGUGUGUGAGAGCCGAGAGAAACCGCUCACUGGGGCAGAGUGUUUGAGUCACACCCAGCAACACGACACACUCGAGAGUGAUGCGUCGGUUCAUGAAGAAGCCGAAGGGGACGUGCACGCAGACGUGUCUCAUGGAGGCCUUAAUCACUCUCGCGUCACCCCUAACACGUCUCUGGGUCUAAUCUCGGCGACGCCUUCACGUGCACUUCCCUCCCCCACGGUCAACACCAGAGAGGCCCUGGAUCUGAUCGGGAACAUGUUCCAGGGACUGACUGUGCUCCAGGACUCGCUGUUCAACACCACACACAUGAACGUUGCUGAGGAAGACCACUUCGGAAGGAAUUACAGAACCCCUGGGUUUGCGUCCUCAUUGAAGGCUUCAUCCUCAGCAGCAUUCGAGAUUUAUCAGGAUGAAAACGGCAAGAAUAGAAGUGUGGAUCCGCAGAUGGUGGUGGUGAAGCCCAAACCUGCAGCACUGCGUGCCCUUAUGGACAUCCCCGUCUCUAAAGCUGCUGUCAGUUCCCUUGGGGUGGAGUCUCUUACGGAUGACAGCACAAUCUGGGGUUCUGGACACACCCCCAUGGCCUCCUUCCCCAAUCAAACGCAAGACUUUGCUCUCUCUGCCCACUUAGUGUCCACACCACUCCAUCCCGCUACACUGUACUCCAGGGAGACACAGGACAGUCAAGUGGAAAGUGGAGCAGUGGAAAACCCGUACCUGCGCCAGCCUGCCAAACUGAGCCCGAUUUUGGAGCAGAGUCCCCCUGAGGAGAAGCAGUGUGGAGAUGCUGGGUUUACUCCGAGAGCUCAGGGAACGAUCAUGGGAGAGUCUGUAAGUCUGCAGGGACACGCCCACUCUCUGACACAACACAGUCAGAACAACACCACCAUCAGCAGGCAGGCCUUGGCACCGCUCCAUGUGUUCGCUCCACUCACCUUCCCUGAUCAGAGCAUCUCUCCUACUGAGGACAUCAGAGCCACAACCAAACCCAGCUGGAGCAUCUACCAGGGUCCAGACGAGCCCCAGUCAGAUGGGGAGAGCAAAAAAAGUCAAGUUGGCUCGGUUAAAGAUUGUAACUCAAACAGAGAGCUCAACUCGAGGAGCCUGGACUUGGCGAGGGAACGUAGACCAGACCAGGCCGACUCAAACGAAAAACUAAACUUGACUAGUCUUCAGCACAAGUCGGACCAGUUUAACUGGAGCAGCCUGUCCUCGCUGAGAGAGGAGUCCAAGUCAAAUACCGUGCAGUGCAACUCAAACACAGAACUCAACUCAAGCAGGCUGUCCAAACCGGAACCGGUUCACUGUAACUCAAAUACAGAGCUCAACUCUCACAGUUGGAACCCUGUUAGAGAGGCUUUUCCAGACCAACUCAACUCAAAUGAAGAGUUCAACUCAAGCCAACUUGGAGAACUCAAACCUGAGAAGAUGAACUCCAGCAGCCUGAACAUCUUCCAGGAGGUUAAUUCAAACCACUCCCAGCUAUCGGAUGUGGAAGAAGCUGAUGUUCUCCUCCCUGAGAGGUCCUUCAACCUCUGCAAGUCUGCAAGUCUGCUUUCAGAGAACCCCCAGAUCCACCAGCAGAAAUCCUUCAAGGAUCCACAAAGCCUAGAUCCAGCAUUGUGGGCGAACCAGGACGUUCCCAUGAGUCCAGAACCUGCUGGCUGGCUUCAGGUGGAGAGUCCAGUCCAGCCUGCAGAACCUGAUCUGGAUGUGAUGGUGGAGUCUGUCACUCAGGCCUCCAGACCUGGCUGGAAUGUCCACUCAGACCAGCACCUCUCUGGAAUUCUGCUCUCUGAAAGAUCAUUUAACAGACGCAAAUCUGAGAAAAGACUCUUCCUGAGUUUAAGCGCUGCAGAGAAAUCGGUCUGUGCGAGUCCAAGUAGAGGCUCAGACCUAAUCCAGGAUGUUCCCAUGAGUCCAGCUGUGGAACCAGGACAGAACUGGAUCUGCUCAGGGAGUCCCAUACGGGAGGCGGAGGCGAAUCUGGACGUGGUGAUGAUGACGCCACAGCAGUACAGUAAAACACGCCCAGUGGGGAACGGACUAGAAAUAUCCCAAAAACUAAACUGUGAUGAUGUUCCCAUGAGUCCCACACAGCCGUCUACUCCGCCCACAUCCUCAGUGAUGAUCUCUGACCCGUGGGAUGAUGAUGUGAUCGCGUCUCUCCUCGGUGGGUUGAGCACUCCUCUGUCCUCAUACUCCAACCUGAGCACUUGGUCAUGCUGUAUUCCCUCCAUCACCCCCAAACUCACUGUACAGAUGGGUGCUGAGUGUUUGCGUGUGGACUGCGUUGUGGGUCAGGGAGCUUUCGCCACCGUUUAUCAGGCCACUGACCUCAGCACCUCGCACAAACUCAUCCUGAAGGUGUGUUCAGAGAAUAUUGAAAGCAGCUCCUGUGUGUUACCUGCGCAGGUACAGAAGCCCUCAAACCCGUGGGAGUUCUACAUUAACACUCAGCUGAACGCACGCGUGGAGCCCAGAGCUCGUCACCUGUACAACCAGCUGCACGCCGCUCACCUGUUCACCAACGGCAGCGUGUUAAUCGGAGAGCUGCACAACUGUGGCACGCUGCUGAACGUGGUAAACCUCUAUAAGAGCCGCAGUGAGAAGGUGAUGCCUCAGCCUCUCGUGCUGUAUUUCGCUGUGUGUAUCCUGGACAUGGUGGAGCGAUUACACGCCGCACGCAUCAUCCACGCUGACAUCAAACCCGACAACUUCCUGCUGGGAGAGAGGUUCCUGGACCUCAAGAACCUCAGUGAGGAGAACCUGGAGCACGGUUUGGUUCUGAUUGAUUUUGGUCAGAGUAUUGAUAUGAACCUGUUCCCUGAUGGAGCUCAGUUCACAGCCCACUGCAUGACCUCUGGCUUCCAGUGCACGGAGAUGCUCAGUGGACGGCCCUGGACGUAUCAGACGGAUUACUUCGGCGUGGCCGGCACUGUGUACUGCAUGCUGUUCGGCUCGUACAUGCAGGUGAGGAAUGAUGGAGGUGUGUGGAAGACCAGCGGAGUGUUUAAGAGGAACCCUCACAGUGAUCUGUGGCAGGAGUUUUUCCACGUGUUGUUAAACGUUCCUGAUUGCGCCUCCUUGCCAUGUUUGCGUGUUCUGCGUGAGCGUCUGAGCGCCGCCCUGCAGGACAACUACAGCACCAAACUGCUCGGCCUCAAGAACCUCCUCGUCGUGCAGAUCCUCGAGUCCAGAACCUCCCGCAGGUAGCAUGGGGUUCUCCUUCACUCGUUCUACACUUUUUUUUGUCUUUUUUACUGAAGCUGUAAAAAAUGUUUUUGUUUUUUUCCUCUAAUAAAGGCAAUAGUUUUGUCUUUUAAAUGUUUGACCGCACCAAUCAUUCUACUGAAUGUGAAGAAAGAAAGGAGGCGUGGCCUGUCAGUCUCAGGAGAGGAGGCGUGGCCUCUGGGAGUUCAGGCUGAGUGCGGUUCCUCUCUGACACAAGAUGGUGUGGUUGAGCUGUGACGGCUCCUCCUGCAUUCUGAUUUAAUAAAGAUGAGAACAGAA